UAUUUUUGUUCAGAUGCAGUGCCUGUUCAAACCAAGCGAUUGGUGGUUGAUAAAUACAUGGAGGUUGAUCGUUUUAGAGAAGAACUUGUUUUGUUGAAGAAAGAGAUGUUCAGCUACAUGAAAUUUUACACUAACUACAAGCUGACUGCUCUCAGACAACAACUUCUAGACUUAGAUGCCUCCAUCAAGCAAUACAAAGAGAAUGUUGAUUUUCCAGUAACUGCCUCUGUAUGUAGCAAGUCAAAGAAUUGGUAUGAAUCUCCAAUGGCAGCGCUCAGCAUUCUAGAGGGAAAGAAGGCCCUCACCUUGGAAGGCAUAAGUUCUGCUAUGCAUCAAAUUGCAACUGGCCUUCAAGCCUUUGCUCCAGUACUGGGUAUAGACUUGGAACAAUUCCGGGAUAUGCCAAGUCCUGAUGAGGAAGAGCUUCUUGCUUCAGAAAGUGAAGAAGAGGAAAGUGACCAAGAGGCGGAAGAGGAUUUGGAAGUUGACAAGCAUGUAGUUUUACAUUCCGUAAAAGAUGUUUCACUAGCUUGUGAUUUUCACGUUAAUGUUGAAUCUCCAGCAAAUGGAGUGUACUGCUGGUGGUUUCCUGAAGAAAUCAGUCAAGGUUGCUAUAAUGGGAGAAAUGGAAGUAGCGCAUGUAGUGUCAUAUCAUUAAUUAUUGGCUAUGUCAUGAGUAAAGGAAAUGUACCACUUCCACCUUGUAGUCUACAACAACCUUUACCAGAUUUAUUAGUUAAAGCCAUAUGUGGAUCCAUACAACUCGGAAAUCAUCUUUAUGAUAAUUGGUAUGAAUCUCCAAUGGCAGCGCUCAGCAUUCUAGAGGGAAAGAAGGCCCUCACCUUGGAAGGCAUAAGUUCUGCUAUGCAUCAAAUUGCAACUGGCCUUCAAGCCUUUGCUCCAGUACUGGGUAUAGACUUGGAACAAUUCCGGGAUAUGCCAAGUCCUGAUGAGGAAGAGCUUCUUGCUUCAGAAAGUGAAGAAGAGGAAAGUGACCAAGAGGCGGAAGAGGAUUUGGAAGUUGACAAGCAUGUAGUUUUACAUUCCGUAAAAGAUGUUUCACUAGCUUGUGAUUUUCACGUUAAUGUUGAAUCUCCAGCAAAUGGAGUGUACUGCUGGUGGUUUCCUGAAGAAAUCAGUCAAGGUUGCUACAAUGGGAGAAAUGGAAGUAGUGCAUGUAGUGUCAUAUCAUUAAUUAUUGGCUAUGUCAUGAGUAAAGGAAAUGUACCACUUCCACCUUGUAGUCUACAACAACCUUUACCAGAUUUAUUAGUUAAAGCCAUAUGUGGAUCCAUACAACUCGGAAAUCAUCUUUAUGAUGUCUGUAGAGAAAGUUUACCAGCAAGAUAUCUUUCAAUUGAGGAAGCUGCUUCAGUAUUACGACCGUGUCUUCAGAUUUCUGCUGAUGAUCCACUGCCUAUUCGUUUAACAGAUGAGCAUGAAUUGUCAACAUUGUGUGGACAGUUGGCACAGUCAGGAGAAAACAACACUGCAAGCAUCAUCAUCAAUGAAAGAACCUCCACAUUUCAUUUAUCUCAAUGUUACAUUGUAUAUAUAGACACUCACAAACAUAGUUCCAGAGGAGUGUUAGUCAUGGCAGCCCAUCUUGAUGCUCUAAAGGACUUCUGCACACAAAUAUGGAAAAAUGAAAAACAUUGUGAAACGACCUUUGGAAACUUGGUGUUUGUGAAAUUCCAUUGAAGUCCAUCACCUUCAAUUAAUUUUGUUCUUCCGGUAGCACUGGAGCACCUGUAGAUUAUGUAUGGCAAUAAAAUCAGUGAAC